CUUUAUUUCAAUUACUGAAAACAUUUUAAAUAUCUUUAGUUUUAGUUAACAAUAACAACACUGGUAUGCAAUAUAAUAGUUUAAAUACUAAUCCGCCAGGUUGGCAUUGCUGUACUGUUAGGCAAGCAUAAUUUAUCCAUAAGGAUUCAACUGUUUUAGUACUUAUGGUAUACUUACGUAUACUUAUUUCUCUCAGCGUCACAUUAUAGAUAGCUGCACACUUCAGAAUCUUACCAAAUACAAUUGGGUGUUGUUCACCGAGUCUUCAUACAUCUGACUCAUCAUCACAAUAAUUUUGUAGUAGGGAAGUGUGCAUAUUUUGACACAGCGUAUGUUUACGAUAUGUUACUUUAUAAAACACAAUAUUUCACAGUAUAUUUGUCAUUUAAAACCAAAAUGAUCACUGCCUGUUCAUGAAUCUAUAUGCAAACCACUCACAUUUUCUCCAGAUUUAGUUUAGUUAGUUGGUUCAUUUGCCAGUGGCUGUGCUGUUAAAAAGAGCUGAGCCAGGGUUAUGAGUGCCAUUCAGCAUGGCAUGACAAUCCAAUGAGUCUGGGCUCUUUAUUUGGCAGUGCUCUUGGCAUCAGAUGCUGGCCACUGUGCUGUGUUUGUUGUGGUUCAGGUUGGUCCAGUUGUGGGUUGCAGUGCCUUUCCAGGGUGAAUGAAUGCCUGUGCCAGGCUAGUCAUUAUCCUUUAAUCCCCAUUUGCUUUUCUGGAAAAAAACCUGAAUAGUGCUAGAAUCACUGACUCGAUUUUUGGAUCUCAUUUUCAUGACAAAGUGAAUAUCUGGCCCUCCCCUCCUGCUCAUUUUGACGUUGGGAGCUGCAUAUUUAAACAGCCCCAUAAACAUUCACUCUGGACUUCAGACAUCUCCUCCAUACAAGCCUUAAUACAAUAUUCAAGAUGGGCAGGAUUGUGUUUUUUGAGGACAAGAACUUUCAGGGCCGCCGUUACGAGUGUGACAGCGACUGCUCCGACUUCCAUAACUACCUUAGCCGCUGCAACUCUAUUCGCGUGGAGAGCGGCGCCUGGGUGGUUUACGAGCGGCCCAACUACACAGGUAACCGGUAUCUGCUAACCAGGGGGGACUAUCCUGAGUACCUGGGCUGGAUGGGCCUCAAUGACUGUCUCAGCUCCUGCAAGCUUAUCCGCUUUACAACUGGAAUGCAGUACAAGGUUCAGCUGUAUGACAAGCCUGACUUCACAGGCCAGGCCAUAGAGUCCAUUGAAGACUGCCCAUCUGUGGUGGAGAGGUUCCGUCUGAGAGAGGUCCAUUCCUGCAAAGUUCUGGACGGUUACUGGAUCUUCUACGAGCAUCCCAACUAUCGUGGCCACCAGUACUUCCUGGAGAAGGGCAACUACCGCAAACCAGUGGACUGGGGCGCAGUCUGUCCUACAGUGCAGUCUUUCCGUCGCUUCACAGAGUGAUGUUUCCCAUGUCACAACACUUAUGCUAUGUGGCUGUGACACUAAAUUGAAUUCUGGCUAAAAUAAAGUUUGGCUGGAGACCCACUA